GAUUUCAGAUCGAAAGCUCAGCUCGCUGCUACGCGUUUCCGCGACAAAAUUCGUCGAAUUCAUUUAUUUUCAACAUUUUACGAUCUGUGCGAUUGUUCCAUAUCCAUGUUAUUUUUUCACAUUCGUUAAGUUGGGCAUACUAUUUAACAGUUACACUGAAGAAUACUUUAUCUACUUAAACGAUACAUUUCGAAUCGGCAUAUUGUUGUGUUUGCUGUGCGCGCGUUUUGCCGGCGGCUUUCUUCAAACGCGAUCGCGCAGAAAAUGUUUGUUCAGCCAAAAAUUAUACUUUGUUAAAAACAGUGCGCUAAAGUGGAAAGUUAAAUAAAAAAUUAAAUAAACAAAUAGUAAAUAAAUGAAAUAAAAUGUAUUAUAAGUACUGGCAAAACAAUUGAAAUGCAAAUUGAAAAUAAAGCUACCAUAAAAAUAAUGCUGUGUGCUAUAAAAGGAGUUUUUCAAGAUAUUAGAACACAAAGAAAAAUAUAUAUCUACGAAAAUUAAAAACAAUUGUAAAUAUAAUCACACUUAACAAUUAAAUAUAAAUACAGUAUAAAAAUAUUCAAUUCCACAUUUUAAAAAAAUUAAUAUUCAUAAGAUUAUCCACAAGAACUAAGCGUUUGCAUUUUACAUUUGAAAAAAUAACGUUACAAUAAAUAAUCCGUACACAUAAUGUCUUCAAAUACAAAUAAUUAACUACAAUUUAGAAGCGACAACUUUUUUGCCGAUAUUCAUUGCUGUUGUUGUUGGUGUAGUUUGUCAAUAUAUUGCACAAGAUAAUGCUUCAACUUCAAAAAAUUAAUACAUAGUUAUGCAAAGAAAUUAAAUUAAUAAUUCAACUUAACGAAGUGCUUUUCACACAAGAAUUCAUAACUAUUUAGUAAUCCAGUAAUUAAUUAAACAUCGCAAAUAUUCAAAAUAAAACAUAUUUGAAAAGCUGGAAACAAUUGAAAGCUUUCCAAGACUUAAACCGCAAUUGAACCUAAAGAAGCUUGGUCCACAGAACUUGGAAAUCUGCAAUGCUUUUUGGAUAGCUGAUCAAAUACUAUAAAUCAUAGAAAUACUUGUAACUUAAACGGACUUUCCUAAUAUCUGUGUGUUGUACGAUCAUCUAAAAUUUUCUGCGCUCUCGCGCCUUACAUCCAGUUGAAUGGUUUCUGAGGACAAUUGGAACAGCGACACCAUGUCCGACUCGGACAUGAUCGACACAAAGAACGACGUGUGCGGCGGUGCAUCCAGUUCCAGCGGCAGCUCCAUCUCCCCCCGCACACCCCCCAAUUGUGCACGCUGCCGCAAUCACGGCCUCAAGAUCACGCUCAAGGGCCACAAGCGUUAUUGCAAAUAUCGGUAUUGCACUUGCGAGAAAUGUCGCCUCACCGCCGAUCGCCAGAGAGUUAUGGCGCUGCAGACAGCGCUGCGUCGCGCCCAGGCGCAGGAUGAGCAGCGGGCUCUGCACAUGCAUGAGGUGCCUCCGGUGGGCACAAGUACGCUGCUCAGCCAUCAUCACACACACCAUCAUGGCCACCAUCCACAUCAUGUUGGCCACUCAACGCAUUCGCAUGCAGCGGCCGCAGCUGCAGCGGCUGCACAUCAUCACCACCAACAACAGCACCAGCAGCCACAGCAGCAACACACAGCCUUGCGUUCGCCACCACACAGCGAUGCCGGUGGAGCCACCUCCAGCACCUCUGCGGCCAGCGCCAGCGCCAGCGCAGCCGUGGCCAGCAGCUCCAGCAAUGGCAGCGUCAGUGGCGCCACUGCUGGUGUAAUUACCAGUGCCGAUCACCACAUGUCCACGGUGCCAACGCCUGCACAGUCGCUGGAGGGAUCCUGCGACUCAUCCUCGCCAUCGCCAUCGUCCACAUCGGGCGCCGUUUUGCCGAUCUCAGUGUCCGUCAAUCGCAAGAAUGGCGCAAAUAUGUCGUUAGGUCAAGAUGUUUUCCUAGACUAUUGUCAAAAGCUAUUAGAGAAAUUUCGUUAUCCUUGGGAACUAAUGCCGCUUAUGUAUGUGAUAUUAAAAGAUGCUGGCGCAGAUAUUGAAGAGGCUUCAAGACGCAUUGAAGAGGCGCGAGUAGAAAUAAAUCGCAUUGUAGCGGAAAUCUAUUACAACUACUACCUUGUGAAUGGAGCGCCCAUGUACCUGACCCAUCCGAGCAUCGAGCAAGGACGCUAUGGCACUCAUUUCACACAUUUGCCCUUGACGCAGAUCCGUCCGCCCACUCCAGAGCCCCUGGCGCUCAGUCGCACGCCGCCCAGUCCGGCCCCGCCUGCGGCGACCGCAGCGACUUCAGGAUCAGCUAUUAGUGUCCUCAGCCUUCGACAGCCCUCACGUCCCCCAAGCAGCAAUGGCACAGUUACCUCGGCAGCAUCGCCCAGCGCUCUGACCAGUCAGUCAACCUCCUCGCCACCGCCGCCGCCAUCCUCGCAACACUCACGUUCCGGCACACCCACGCCGCAGCCGCCCCUCGCGCACAGCAGCAGCUUGGCCGCCUCCUACCAUCACCAUCACCAUCAUCCGCUGCUCUCCAGUGGCGUGGUGGUCAGCUCCUCAUCGGCGGCUGCUGUGGCUGCGGCGGCAGCUGCCACGUAG